GUUGGGCGGCAUGGCCGAGGAUUGCCGACCGCUCCCGACGUUCACCUGAAGCUCCGUGCAGUGCAUCCCCCGUCUAUAGAUCCCUGUCGCACGCACCCCCACGGCCCAAAUUCCCAAAAUACGCAGAGGAACGCGGACGCAUAUCAGCCCGAUUUCCAGCAUAUCCGGACUGCGAUCGGGACCGUCGCGAACGGCAUACGUGACGGGGUCAUGUGGAAGUUCGGCUGAGUUCGGCGGCCCUAGACAAGCCUGUUGCUUCCACCUUGGCUGCCAGUCAGACUUGACCGUACCCACUGAUUCGGCCGCUAUGGCCUAAAGUUGUCAUGACAACUAGGGACCAACAUAUUCAAGAAUUUGCAGCCGAUGUAGUCCAAGAAGACGAUCCAGUUCCAUCCCUUCCGUCCUCCAGCCAGUCGAGAGUGAGCAAGCAGAAGAAAUAUAAUAGAAGAUCUGGCGAAGGCAGCUUUUCUGACAGUUCUGGAAGUGUAGUGAGGCAGGUGACGACUUUCCUGCAAAAUUACCUAGGUUCUUGGCAGAGGAGGUUGGUUAGCUGCUUAAUACAUCCAUUUGUAACACACAGGAGUAUUGGCUCAGCAGACUCUAAUUAUUCUCAGCCAUCCUCAGACUUGUCGCUGGACGAAGAAAAAGAGACGCUUCGCCGCGAAAAGGAGCGUCAGGCAAUUAGUCAGCUUGAAAAAGCAAGGUCAAAGCCUGUUGCAUUUGCUGUAAGGACAAAUGUCUGUUACGAUGGAUCAGUGGAUGACGAUUCACCUGUGCAUGGCAGUGCUGUAUCCUUUGACAUCAGGGAAUAUCUCCAUAUCAAGGAGAAAUAUGACCAUAAUUGGUGGAUUGGAAGGCUUGUGAAAGAAGGCUGUGAUGUGGGUUUCAUUCCUUCACCUGUCAAGUUGGAAAACCUCCGACUUCAGCAAACACAGGCGAGAAACUCAAAGCUAUACUCCUCCAAGACAUCAUCUUCGAGUAACCUAGGUGCGCUAGCUAACGACGUGCUCUCUACCUCAAAGAGUGCCAACUCCCGGGGUUCAACCCCUCCCACUCCUGGUGAAGACUCGGAUUCUCUUGGAAAUGCACGAUUGCAAGGGAAAACGACGCUCACAACCCCUCCAGCCAAGGAAAAGAGGAAACCCUUUUUCAAAAAGCAAGAAACGACCACACCAUAUGAUGUGGUACCUUCAAUGCGACCGGUAGUUCUAGUUGGCCCUUCCCUUAAAGGUUACGAAGUGACCGAUAUGAUGCAAAAAGCAUUGUUUGAUUACUUAAAACACCGAUUUGAGGGAAGGAUAAUAAUAACAAGAGUAAUGGCUGAUAUAUCUCUUGCCAAGCGAUCUCUCCUCAACAACCCUUCCAAGAGAGCAAUCAUGGAAAGAUCAAAUUCCAGGUCCACAUGCCUUGCUGAAGUCCAAGCUGAAAUUGAAAGAAUAUUCGAGCUGGCUCGAACCCUUCAAUUGGUAGUUUUGGACUGUGACACAAUAAACCACCCUUCACAGCUUGCAAAAACUUCUUUAGCUCCAACUGUUGUUUACCUCAAAAUAUCAUCUCCUAAGGUACUGCAGAGAUUAAUUAAAUCUCGAGGGAAGUCACAGGCAAGACAUCUAAACGUGCAGAUGGUUGCUGCUGAAAAGUUGGCACAAUGUCCGCCGGAGAUGUUUGACGUUAUUCUGGACGAAAAUCAACUCGAGGACGCUUGUGAACACAUCGCUGAAUACUUAGAAACCUACUGGCGUGCAACUCAUCCUCCAAUACCUGCAACAUCGACCCCAGCUCUUCCCGGCAUCCCGCGACCUCUCCACCAAACUCCACAGAUCUCUCCAACGACAGACCAUGCUGCUUGUAGAACCGCAAUGUCACCUACAGGAGUUCAUGAAGAUUAUGGAUACUCACAUGAUUCAAGAGGUUUGUACAGAGGGAGAUCAAGGAUGGAAAGGGAGAGAGACUAUGAAGAGUACAAUUUAGAAUCACCGAGAGAAGUUUAUCCGCCUGACAGGUACACAUUAUCGCAGGGGCCUUCUAGGGAUGGUUACACGAGAGCUCCAUCGGAAGACAAAUAUCAUCACCAUCACGAACAUCACCUUGAUCAUCAUGUCCACGACCACACUAUCCCCGUCCAUCACGAUCAUCACCAUGACCAUUCAAUCCCCAUCCAUCAUGUCGACCACGGGAUGCCCUUGCAUCAUGAUCACCACCAUGAUCAUUCAAUACCUAUACAUCAUGAUCAUUCGAUCCCCAUUCACCAUGACCACCACCAUCACUCAAUGCACCAUCAUCAUCCCCCACCACACAGGCCAGACCAUCUUCACGAUCCUGAAGAGUACCAUUCACCGCAUCAAACAUCAUCAAGAAGAGCCUUAAAUGCCAUUUAAUGUCGACUCCCCCAUCUAGCGUAUCAGAAUUGUAAUUGGUGUUAAUUUUUAAUCCAACAGCUUUUUUUAAGCACUUUUUUAUAUAUAAUUGUUUAAGUAUGAACAACAAGAUUUAAUCAGCCAAUAUAUUUAUUUUCAUAAUUUGUUGAAAAGAGUAAUCAUUACCAAAUAUUGCCAAUUUUGUGAUUUUAGUAGCAUGUAAAUAUUUGAGGUAAAUGGCCUUAAGUAGUUUAAGAGAGGACAUUUCCUUUUUGUUUGAUCUAUGUUAUAUUUUCGGCAAUAAUUUAGCUAUAAUUUCUUCUUUUUUUUAUUGGUGUAAAGAAACUCGGUGGGCAUGCACUGAAGAGAAAUCAUUAUUAUCAAAUUUUGUAGAGUAGGAGGUAAAAUAAUGCCCAUCAUCUUCCUUCUCAACCACCCUAUUCAUGACUUGUGGUCCAUCUCCUCUUUAAUACCAUAAAAUGUAAUGAACAAGGCCUGUGUAAUUGAUGACCAUGUAAUUAUUUGUACAAUUUGUAAAAACUAAAUAAAAUUAGAAACAAAAUAUUUAGAUGCUGUGUAAGAAAAUGUAAUUUGUUUGAUAUUCUCUCUUAUAAGAAUUUAAAAGUCUAACUUCUCAAAAAUUGCAAUUUCAUUUAUUUAUAAAGCGAAACCUUCUUUUACGUUACAUAGUUAACUUAUUUUAUUCAAAUAUAACACUUAACGGUCAUUAUGACACUUUUUUAUUGGCAUUAUUUUGCUGUAGUAUAAUUUGGACACCUUAAUCACUUAAUUCUUCAUAAAUGACGCAAUUAUUUAAUGAAUGUUGAAUAUUAUUUAACUGUGUAAAUAUUUUUUAAGAGAAGCUUGAGUUAUUUUUAUGUAUUUAAUUAGUUUUGUAACAAGCAACAAAAUGACAAGAUAUUCAUUGUUAAAAAUUCGUUGAAAGAAAUAAUGUUAUAAGAGUUGUCUUAACAAGAAUCAGCUUAAAUUGAGGAAUAAAUUCCUUUUUUAACAUAAUUUUUUCAAAUCAUAUAGUACAUUACUUUUUCAUCUAGGUUUAGAAUGUUUUGAUAAUGUUCUGCAGCAUAAACAAACCAUAAUUAUUUCAUUUGAAGUAGGCAAAACCAGUUUGCAAGUCCUACAUGACCAAAAGAAGUGUGCACACGCCAUGCACACACACAUACACACACAGAAACAGACACAUGCACAUAUACACCAAACACAAACACAACACAAUCAAUAACAUAUGUACACCACACUUGUAAUAAAUAAAUUAUACACACACACACACAUUACUUUAUUAUAUGUAAGCCAAGACUUGUAUAAUAUAGACAUAAAGACUGUAAUGUAUAGUUAAAUCGAUAACCUUUAACUCUCUACUUUAAAAGUUUUUAAAUCUUUAAGAAAUUAUUUUCUAUUGCCAAAGGAAUUAAAAAUAAUGCAAAAUGAGGUGAUGAGAUAGCAAAAGGAAACCUAUUGAAUCAUUGUAGUCAUCCUCCUAACAAUGGUUAAUUCUUUUAGUGUACAAAAACCUAGAACAAUUCUUGCCUUAAACAAGAUAAUAAAAUUGCUACUCCAACAUGUGUACAGCAAAUUUAACUAAUUAAGAACAAAAAUGAGAAUCUCUUGUCAUGCAUCUAAUUUAAUGGAUCUAGAAUAAUAGCAUUGCUACCAUUGGCAUCCUAAUUAAUUAAUUUAUGAUAAAAAUGAGAAUCUCUUUUAAUGCAUCCAACCAUGUGGGUAUUAACAAAAUUUAAACUGUUUGGAAAUAUUUGAUUUAUAUAAUAACUUUUCUUUUAAUUAAUAACAAAAUUUUGUCCAAUAUUGCAAAACAAGCUCUAAUUAGUGGUUUUUGCCAAUAAUGAAAAAUAAGUAGUACAGCAUUGAAAAUGCAAUAAUUAAUUGGAAAUAGAGUUUAAAUAAAUUGUAGAAAGUAAAGUUUAAUCUUGCAAUUCCAAAAAUUAUAUACCCCAGAGGGAAAUUAAAUUAUAUAUCUUUACUUUAUUUGGUUUUUAAAACUACGUAGGCAUUGCACUCCUGUUAUUUUACUCAUGUUAAAUAUUUUUCUUCCUGCUCUUGAACUGUCUUUUAUGGGAUUUAAUUGUUUUGCUCAUCAGUAAUCACAGGAGUGAAAUGUUCUCAAACUGUUCAAACAAAUAUUCGACCAAUUGUUAUUCCACUCUAACGGAUCACUAUUGUAAUACAUCGUUAAGAGUCAAUAACAGUUAGGUUUAGGGUAAUAAAAAAUAAAUUAUACUAUUAAAUAUAUUCUUUAUAACAAUGCUCAAUGCUAAAUUAAUUUAAUUUACCAAAGUCUGUUGAUUCAUGAAAUGUUUAUUUGUUUAUAUGUUAUUUUUAAAAAAAUCAAGCUGGAUGAUAAAAGGGAAAAGAAAGAAAAAAAGAGUUCUAAUAUUAGUAAAGGGUUUUUAUUUUUUAUAUGAACCCAAUUAUAACUCUUAACAUAUUAAAAUGUACUGUGAUGCAAUCAGUUUUGUCCAAAUUGAAAAUGGGAAGCAGCAAAUUUUGUUAUAUGCCAAAUUUUAUUGCACUAAGCUUUCAGCUGCUUCUAGAUUUAUAUUUAUAGUAAUAUUUAUAAAAAAUAAGUUACAUGGAAAGUGCUUUGAGGGAAAAGAUAAACCAUAAAAAAAAUCUUUGAUACCAAUGAUAUUACAAUUAUAUUCAGUCGUAUUUAAUUUAUGGCAAGCCUAUGUUGUCAGCUUACCAUAAAUGCAAAUACAUAAAAGAAAAACAUUUUUCAUUUUGGCAAAGUGUAAAAAAAAAAUAUAAAAAUAAUAUUUAAAAAUGACCUGUGAUCGGGAUUUACUGACGGAAGUGCAGACAAUUGCUAAACUCAUUAAUUUUAA